CAUUAAACGCCCUUUAUUAUCAUGUCAACAACUCAACAAAAUGAAAAGAUGCUUGAAGCACAACAAUUGCUGUACAGUAGGAUCGAUAAUCAAUCCAUUCAGUUAAUAUCAGUAUUGGGCAUUGGUGCGUACGGCAUUGUUUAUUUGGGAACAAACGUAUACACGGGUCGACAAGUUGCUGUUAAACUUUUGACACAUAUGAAUAUCAGCCGACGAGAGAUCGAAGUGCAUGCCUAUCUAUCGGGACAUCCUAACAUCUUGACGUUUGAAAAAAUUGUGAGAGAAGGCAACAAAGUGUUUAUGGUCAUCGAAUAUGCUCCUGAAGGCGAUCUAUUCAGUGCCAUUACAAAACCAGGAAGGGGUAUCGUUGGCAAUAAUGAUGCCAUAAGAUAUAUAUUUUUACAAAUUAUUGACGCCGUACAUUAUUGCCACCAAAGCAACAUCUUUCACCGCGACCUGAAGCCUGAGAAUAUCAUGUUGGGUCCUAAUUGGACAGUGAAGCUGGCAGACUUUGGUUUAGCGACGACGCAUCAAGUCUCUGACGAGUUUGGCUGUGGUUCAACCUAUUAUUUUUCUCCAGGUAAAAUAGGUUAUAGCACAGAAAAGAACGAUAUUUGGAGUCUUGGCGUUAUAUUAAUUAAUUUAGUCGCAGGCAGAAAUCCAUGGAAACAAGCUGAUAUGCGAAAUGCAACAUUCGCAGCCUAUGUUCGCCAUCCACGCCACUUUUUCCGCAAGAUAUUGCCGUGCAUCUCUGAAGAACUUGAAGACAUACUUUUACGUAUAUUUUGUCUAAACCCUGCAUUACGUAUAUCAUUACCUGAACUUCGCUAUCAUAUCCUCAGAUGUUCUUCUUUU